AUGAUUCCCAGCAUCAGACCGUGGACUUUCCCAAAAGUUGUUCUCAUCCCGGCUGAAAUGGACUGCAGUUUCGACCUCGCAUCGGUCUUAUCAACACCCGAGAGGGAGUCGAACCGUGACCACUCGACCGCAUUGCCACGAGUGCUCUUGGGUCAGAGGGCAAAUACCACCGGUGCCCCAGAUAGCCUCUGUCCCGAGCACCUUGAAGCCACCAUCAGAACUGCCAAACUCCGAUCUAACGGCAGGUCAGACGCACCCAUCAAGAUGCCAAUCGGAAACCGACUUUGCUGUACCACACUCUUCGCGUCUAACCUCCGUGCCUUUGCUCAAGUUCAACACUACGCCUCGUCUCCUCGUCUUCGUGCCUCGCUUCACUUCAACACUCUGCUUCUUCUCACCGCUUUACGUCGCCAAACCUUCACAGUAGCAUGA